CAGCGCGCCGAAGUUGAACAGAGUGGAGAGACAUCCUGAGGACUGCCAGUGUCUAACUCUCCGGAGCUUCAUUCAACUUUCAUAAUCAUGGAAUUUGACGGGAGUGUACUGGUUAAAUGUAACGACGAAGAGCUGCAUCUAAAGUUAGAUCACAAACAGCGGAUGACUCUCCACUGUCAGCAGUGUAACACGGUGCUUGGAGACUCCUACGGCAUAUGUGGAGAGGUUAAAAGUAUGGACUCUAUCCUGUGUCUGAAGGUGACUGAUGAUGUGGUCAUGAGUGAUGUAAAAGAGCUGGGACAGAAAGGAGAACUGGCAAACUGCAUCUACAGUUCUCUAAAAUGUCGAUGCUGUCGCUUCUUUGUGGGGAAAGUCAUCCAUGCAUCCCCGUCCCGUUGGGCCACAAUUCGCUCACUCUUCCUGCUUUACAAAACAAACAUCCGCUGUUACAUCCUCAACAGCAGCUCAAUGGUGAAAGCAUCAUCACUGACAACAUUUGAUGUGAAUGCUUUUAGAGUAAGCAUCACUGAGGCUAGACAGCAGUUUGAAUCACAGUUGGACCAGACGUCUCACGUUAAGAGCAGACUGUCUGACAGGAGUGUGAGCAGUCAACUAGACAAGUAGUUCUCUAAACAUCUGUAUGUGAUGUAAAUUGAUUUCUUUUCAUGGAAUGUUUUUGGUGGUGAACGAUUUUUUUAGUGCAUUGUUUGAAUUUUGUUUGAGCCCCUUACAUAAAGACAUCUAUUAUUCA